AUGUCUGCCUUGAAAACAACCACGAAUGAGAAGACCUCCACUGGGGACAAGCUCAGGAAUUUCUUCAAGAUCAACAACAACAAGCGCCGCCUUCCUUUCAGUCGUUCAAAGACGGGCCACGAGGCGCCCCAGGCCAAAUCGACCCGGAACGACGAUAGCGACGGGGCGCAGUAUACGACACACGAUGACGAAUCUCAAGAUGCGAACGAGCCACACUCCACACCCGCUGACAGCGAAGCUGCCAGGAGGAUAAGACGCGUGAAGAGCGAACCGUCCCAGCUUGGUCUCAUCUUUGGUUACCUCAGCGGGGGUCGGCCGGCAACAUCAGGCAGGGGGAAGGAAAAGACACUCCUCGCAAACAAGAACGCCAGUGCCGUGGGCCUCGUCGGAACGUCAAGUCCAUCUCCGACUCCGGGCCCGUCCACAGGUGGCGGCGAGUGCGUGAUACCAUCGGCGGGGGCUGAGAUCGUGGUUGUCCCGACGCAGAAUGCUGCCACACCGCCGCACGGUGGGCCCAAACAGAAGCUCGUCGCAUAUCACAGGACGUACAGUUCAAACUCGAUAAAGAAAGGGCCGGUCCGGGUCGGGCCCGAAGAUUUCGAGAAGCUCAAGCUCAUCGGCAAGGGUGAUGUCGGCAAAGUGUACCUGGUGCGCGAAAAGAAGCGAGAUAAGCUCUUUGCCCUCAAGAUGUUGGACAAGGACGAAAUGAUCCGUAGGAACAAGAUCAAGAGGACAGUGACCGAACAGGAGAUCCUUCAGGUUAUGAACCACCCAUUCAUCGUGUCAUUAUACCAUUCAUUCCAGUCCCAAAAGUACCUGUAUUUGUGCAUUGAGUACUGCAGUGGCGGCGAGUUCUUUAGGGCGCUUCAGUCUCGCCCGGGGAAGUGCAUCUCUGAGGAGGCUGCGAGGUUUUACAUUGCCGAGGUCAUCUCUGCUCUUGAAUAUCUUCACAUGAACGGUUUGAUCUACCGUGAUCUCAAGCCUGAGAACAUCCUUCUGCACGAGUCAGGUCAUAUAAUGCUGUCCGAUUUCGAUCUAUCAAAGAUCUCGGGCCAGGAUGGCAUGCCCACCAUGAUAGUCGGUAGAAACGGCACCACAACAAUGCUUGACACACGGUCAUGUUUGGAAGGUUACCGGACCAACUCGUUCGUCGGUACCGAAGAGUACAUUGCGCCUGAGGUGAUUAAGGGUCACGGGCACAGUGUCGCUGUGGACUGGUGGACGGUGGGAAUUUUAACCUUUGAGAUGAUAUACGGUGUCACACCGUUCAAGGGCAAGAAUCGCAACGCGACCUUUGCGAAUGUCAUGAGGGAGGACGUGCAUUUUCCGGACGACCCGGAGCUUUCACCGAUGGGCAAAUCAUUCAUCAGGAAAUGCUUGAUCAAGGACGAGAACCGGCGUCUUGGAGCCAUAGCCGGUGCGGCCGAGCUGAAGCGUCACCCCUGGUUCAGGACGACGCAGUGGGCUCUCUUGAGACAUUUGACACCACCUAUAAUCCCCGAGCAAGGCCCAGAUGGCAACUUCCGCACGCUCAAGGACAGCCAGAGCGUGGACAUUGGUGGCGCAACACGCAAGGUAGCGGACGAUGACCCGUUCUCGGCGUUUAGCAGCGUGACGCUGCAUUAUGGAGAUGAUAAGUAG